AUGUCUGCCUCGUCGAUACACGCAGAUGCCCCGCCGGCCGUGGUCCAGGAUCCAGAGGGACUCCAAUAUGAAACGGGAGCACAGCUCGGCAAAGGCGGCUUCGCUAUCUGCCAUCGCGCAAAGCUGCUGGGUCAUGAGCACCUCGGCAGCUCUACAGUCGCUCUGAAGAUUGUCAAAUCCAAAAUGGAGCCUCCCAAGCUGGCGCAAAAGUUUGUUACUGAAUUACAGAUCCACUCGAAGCUAUCCCAUCCCAACAUCGUCGAGUUCUUCCGCGCCUUCUCUUUCGAAUCAAGCACCUAUGUUGUCUUGGAGCUAUGCGAAAACGGUUCCCUUGCCGAUGCGAUCAAGAAGCGCAAAUAUUUCACCAUGCCUGAGAUUAGGCGAUUCAUGAUCCAAACAUGCGGCGCAAUCAAAUACCUACACCAACGGAACAUCGUACACCGCGAUCUCAAGACAGGCAACCUCUUCCUCGAUCGCGACAUGAACGUCAAAGUCGGCGACUUUGGUCUUGCAGCACUAUUGGUGUCACAGAGCGACUAUGGGGCGAUCCGUCGGACAACCAUGUGCGGCACACCCAACUACCUUGCCCCAGAGGUCUUGGAGAAGACAGGCAAGGGUCAUGACGAGAAGGUUGACCUAUGGGCUAUUGGAAUCAUGAUGUACACACUGGCGGUCGGAAGAGCGCCAUUCCAUGCCGCCAAGCGCGAGGACAUUUACCGGAAGUUGAAGGCUCGCGAAUACACUUGGCCAGACCUGGCCAGGUUUGCGAAUGAAAUCACCGACGACCUCCGCGACAUUGUUUCGUUAUUGUUGGUGCACGAAGACGAGCGACCGACUCCUGAUCAGAUCGUAGCGCACCCAUUCUUCAAACUGGGCUACAUUCCGUUGGAACUAGACAGUGGAUGCACCUCCCGCGUACCGAAGUGGCCGAAGAACCGUCCGCCGACAGCAUCGACAAUCAGACGUGGAUAUACCGAGGAAUGGUGGCAGCUUUGCAAGUCCUCGUCCGUCGGCGAGUACGAACAAGGAAAAGCAUUCGGAACCUACGGCCGCAGGACGAACAAGACUGUCGCGAGGGACUGCCAAAAGGAGAUCGAAGCCGGCAAACAGCCAAACAUACCCUUCUCCAAAGACGUCGUAUAUGUACCUUUCCCCGCCCGUGUGCAAUGGCCGCAUCUGCCAACAGGAGGACUCAGUGAAAUAUCGGAAGAGAAAGAAUCGUCACUAGAAAGUCAAGCUCUCUCAGAGACUACCGGAAACGAGCGGACAAAGAGUCGUGUGGUUAGGGCUCCGAGACGAGAGCAACAGCCGAUGCAGACAUUAAAAGAAAAUGUGGAGCCGGUACAGGAGCCUGAGCCUGCGCACAGAAUACUGGACAAACAGCCGACCCGAUUAAGGGCAGCGCGCAAGAUCUCGAACCCCGGCCGUGUCACUGCGAAUACGGCUUCCGCGCCAGCUCCCCUACGCGUCCCUCGAGAGGCAAGAACUUCCACGCGAGCACGGACAGCGAAGGAGAGCGCAAAAGAGGCACCAAAGACGACAUCAAACGGACUGCCUGAUCUCCCACCUUUGCGAGUCACUAAGACGAGCGUUGGAGGGAGCGACAAGCCGGAAUCAGCGGCUCAAGCAACGUCGACGAAAAGUGCCGCUCGUUAUCGAACCGUCAGCAAUGACAUGCCUGCCACCGAUCCGGUGACUGUUUUGGCGCGCUUGAUGACGUUUCGAGAUAAUCUUGAACGAGCUCUCGACAAGAAGCCUACGAAGUCGAGAAGAGACCAACCACCGCAGUUGCCAUUUGUUGCAAAAUGGGUAGACUACAGCCGCAGGUAUGGAGUUGGAUACGUCCUCAAUGAUGGUAGUAUUGGAACUCUCCUCUCAGCAGAGGAGCAGUACCCCGUUACCAUCGCUUUUGCGACAGACGGAUACAACCAUCUACGGAAGGCUGGCGGCAACCGAGAGCUCGCCAAAAGCGUUGCACUGAAUUACUACACGACCGUCAAGAAGGAUCGAGGACUAUCGCAGAUUGAGGUACUAGAAUCGCGGCGAGUUGAGGAGAUUCGGACGGUUUGGCACAAGUUUGGAAAGUACAUGUGUGCGACGUUUGGUGACGAAGAAAAGCCGCUCCGGAAAGAUCCCCGCGUAAACUUUGUUCGAUUUUAUCAACGUCUGGGUAACGUCGGGAUCUGGGGUUUCGACGAUGGCUCCUUCCAAUUCAACUUUCCUGAUCAUACGAAGCUCGUUCUAUCGUCGGACGCAGGCUAUGGACAUUUCCUUUGCCUACCACUUGAUGCAACGUCUCUCCUCGAAGAGACUGGAAAUGUGCCAUGGAAGCACGUUAAAGCUCGAGCACAUCUGCGAGGCUCAUUGCAACAGCUUCUAUACGGCUCAGCCGACAAGGAGGACAGUUACAAAGAGCUUACAGAGGGCAAUCUCCUCCGCGCAAAGAUCGAAUUCAUCUACGCUGUGGUCUCGGAGUGGUGUCAAGAGGGAGGAUUAGGCUGCCUCGUGGAUCCCAAAGUGUACUCUUGGGGGGGUCCCCAGCUGGAAGAGUCAAAGCGUUUGGACUGGGCGAGUGUAGGGCGUUUUGGUGGUGAUGUUUUCUCAUGA